AUGGCUGGCACCGAGCUGGAAGUGGAGCUAAAGUGUUCCAUAUGCAUGAGCAUUUUUACAGAUCCAGUGACUCUGACUUGUGGUCACACUUUUUGCCUGGACUGCAUUACUAAAACAUGGAAAAAUCAGGAAAAGGGAGAAUCAUCCUGCCCUGAAUGUAGGCACAGGUUUAAAACAAAGCCUGAUCUUAAAAGGAACAUGAGGAUGUGCAGCUUAGCUAAUAGCUUCCGUGUCUCUGUCCAUGUCCAGACUGGGAUCUUCUGUGCUUACUGUAUUCAAUCUAAUGUACCAGCUACUAAAUUCUGCCUGCAUUGUGAGGCUUCUCUGUGUGUUGACCACGUCUUGGCUCACAACAAGUCAGAGGAACAUGUUUUAGCUGAUGCUACAACUCCUUGGGUUAACAAAAAAUGUCAACUCCAUAACAAGUUAGUUAAGUAUUAUUGUGCUGAAGAUGCCGUCUGUAUCUGUGUGUCCUGCAAGAAGAGUGGGCAGCACAAAGGUCACCAAGUUUUAACACUGCAUGAAGCUUCUGAGAAGAGGAAGGAAACAUUUCAAAAUGUAUUAAAACGACUGACAACAAAAAGGAAGGGAACUAAAAAAAAUAUACAACAUUUGCAGACGAGGAGGAAAGAACUGCAAGAAAAGUCAACUGGUGAGACAGUGCGUGUUGCUGAAAUGUUUAGAUACAUCCGAAGGAAAGUAGAUGAUCUGGAAAAACAAGUUCUGAGUGAGAUCACACAGGGAGGAGAGCGGGUUUUACUCCAAGUCUCUAAUCGGAUUCAGCAACUGGAGAACGAGAAGAAUGAAUUGACCAGGGAGAUCCAUCAUAUCGAGGAACUAUGUAAUUUGACUGACCCAUUUACUGUCCUACAAGAACAGAUACUGAACAGUGUUGACUAUUGUGAUUCUGAGAAUGGAGGGAAUGAGGACAAUUUCAGUGAGGACUACGAGGUCCUGGCUGAAGAUUAUUUGGAUAAGGGUCUGAUCUCGGUGAUGUUACACAAAGGCUUAAAUGAUAUUAUGACAGAUGUAAAGGUUGAUGGAAUGUUGUAUGCACAACAGCCUUCAGACCUAUCACUGGACAUAAACACUGCUGGUUAUAAUGUAGCUGUAUCAGGUGACUUGAAAAUGGCAUCUUGGUUAGAUAUAAACUACCAACCACCAAGAUCACAAGACAGCUUUGCUUAUUGUCAGGUUAUUAGCACCAGAGGCUUUUGUUCAGGAUGCUAUUACUGGGUAGUAGAGACUGCUGAGUCUGGAGGUUGGAAGGUAGGAAUGUCCUAUCCCAGUAUACCAAGGAGGAGAAGCGAUCAGUCGUUAAUAGGAAUGAAUGACAAGUCUUGGUGUUUGUCAUGCAGCCAUAAAAAACAAUACUCUGUGAUUCAUAACUCAGUGGAAACCUCUUUAUCUCACAAGUCUUUAUGUACACAGUUUGUUAUAUUCCUGGACUACAAGACUGGGCGACUGUCCUUUUAUGAGCUGUGUGACCCCAUCAGACACUUACACACGUUUACUGCCACCUUCACUGAGCCCCUAUAUGCAGCAAUCUGGUUAUUUGAUGCCUGGGUCAGGAUAGGGCAAUAG